CUUGAGCAGUGACUGUCAUGGCGUCUCCCUUGAAGGGGGUUUGGUACUGGAGAAAGUAGCAGCUGUCAUUUAUCCGUUUCCCCCCUGACACAGAGCAGCUACCCCCGGCUGAAGAGCUGUUUAGGAGCGGGUAGCCACCAUGGGGACUGUCCAUGCUAAGAGUCUGGAUCCUCUACCGAUGCAUGGCCGGGACUUGGGCGUCCACCCUGAUGACUUGAUGGAGACUCCAGAACCAGAGCAGGAAUCCAAGCAGGAGGUCCUUGAAAACAAAGAUGUGGUUGUCCAGCAUGUCAACAUUCAGGGUCUGGGGAGAACCAAAGAGGACCUGCUUGGCUAUGAAAUCUCUGACGUUUUUCAUGCCAAAAACCUCAUUGAUGUGAUGAAAAAAGCUCACGUGGCCAGGCAGAGGCUGCUCCGCCUGGGAAUCUUCAAAGAUGUGGAGGUUCUUAUCGAUACAUCUGAAGGUGCAGACGCCCUCCCCAAUGGCCUGGAUGUAACGUUUGAGGUGACGGAGGUCAAGAGGCUGACAGGGAGCUACAACACCAUGGUUGGAAACAAUGAAGGAAGCAUGGUGCUGGGUCUGAAGCUGCCCAACAUGUUUGGGAGAGCUGAGAAGCUCACAUUUCAGUUCUCCUACGGGACAAAGGAGACGUCCUACGGCCUGUCCUUCUUCAAGCCCCAGCCUGGACACUUUGAACGCAACCUCACCCUAAACAUGUACAAAGUCACCGGCCAGUUUCCAUGGAGCUCAUUAAAAGAAACUGACAGAGGCAUGUCUGCAGAAUUAAAUUUUCCUCUUGGGAUGACCAACCACACACUAAAGUGGGAGGGAGUAUGGAGGGAGCUGGGCUGCUUGGCUCGCAGCGCUUCCUUCGCCGUGCGAGAGGAAAGUGGACACUCCUUGAAGUCUGCCCUCUCGCACACCGUGUCAAUCGAUUCAAGGAAUUCUGCCAUUUUUCCCAGCAGAGGUGCCUUACUGCGCAUCAACCAGGAGCUGGCUGGGUACACUGGAGGAGACGCCAGCUUCUUGAAAGAGGAUUUUGAGCUGCAGCUCAACAGACGGCUCUUCUGGGACUCAGUCUUGUCUGCUUCACUGUGGGGAGGGAUGCUUUAUCCCAUCGGAGGACAACCAACGUGCAUCGCUGAUAGGUUCUACCUUGGAGGUCCCACCAGUGUACGAGGAUUUGGGAUGUACAGCAUUGGGCCACAGAGUGAAGGUGAUUAUCUGGGUGGAGAGGCCUACUGGGCAGGAGGUCUGCACCUCUACACCCCUCUGCCCUUCAGACCAGGAAAGGGAGGCUUCGGAGACCUUUUUAGAACACACUUCUUUCUCAAUGCUGGCAACCUCUGCAACCUCAAUUAUGGUGAGGGUCCCAGAGCGCACCUUCAGAAAUUAGCUGAGUGUAUUCGCUGGUCGUAUGGAGCGGGCAUCGUGCUGCGACUCGGAAACAUCGCCAGACUGGAGCUUAACUAUUGCGUGCCCAUGGGAGUCCAGAGUGGAGACAGGAUAUGUGACGGUGUCCAGUUUGGAGCAGGAAUUCGCUUCCUGUGACCUCAUCACUCCGUUGCCCUCAGAGCUCUGGCAGAGGCCAUGAAAAGGGAGAACGUCUUGUCGUUUGUCACCCGUAUCUUGUUGUAGAGUGUGUAACACUAGCAUGGGUCCUAUGUCCUGUGGAAGAACGUGCCUGACCUCCCCAAACCAGUUUUGUAUGCACCAUUUAAUGCUUUUGGACAACAAUGUGCCAGUGCUGGGCCAUACAGCUGGAGAAACCUUUUGUAAACUGGCCUGGUUAGAAAGCCAAAACCUACCUAGAUUUCUUUAGCAGCAGCCACAAAACAUGGCAUCAGCUGUAGCAAAAAAAUAAAAAUAUCCAGCACCAUGUCAGCAGCUGUUCAUCAAUAGAUUAUUCAGUUAUGGUUUGGUUUGUUUUCCUUGCUUGGAGUCUCCAGCGCUGGCACUUUGUCUAUGGUAAAGUCAUCCACCAGUGAUUUCACCCACUGUGUUUUCCGUGAUGACACAAAGUAAAUUAUUUUCCAAAAUGUUAAAGAGAUUUUGGGCAUGUUUCCCUACUUUUGCCUUCCAGGACUGCUUCUUAUCCAGGAGCAUGACACGGUAGUAAUUUUGUUUGAGAAUUAAACGUCCACCACCACACACUCUUCAGACCUGACGUGUUUAGUUGAAUUGUACUGUGUGAUUGAUCGAUUGCAGUAGCAGGGAGAGGAAUGAACUGAAAGGAAACCAGCACUUUUUCACUGAAACAGCAGUGUAGGAAGGAAACGGACUUGAAGAAGAACGACGGGUCACCCGCCACCAGUGCUCUUACCGUUAGUCCUCGUUUUGAUGUUGUUGAAGCCAUUCACAAAUAAAUCACAGCUGCUCCCCCUGG